UGAGGCCCAGGAAAUACGUAAUUGUUAGGUCAUCAUGGCGAGACAGGACUCACUGCCUGGCGGGAAACACGAGUAGAGUCUGGAGCUGUCAGCGCGAACGGAUACAACAAAGAUUUUGUUGCCAUGGUUUCAAAACGAAAAUUGUCCAAAUCUGAUGCUCAUGGGGACAGUCUGAUUGCAGAAUUACCACAAACAAAAAAGUCUCGGAUCUCUUGCAAGGAGAAGACCUCUGCCGAAGAUGGAGCGGUGGAGAAUGAUAGCAUCUUUGUACAGCUCAUCAAAACAGCAGGAAUUACUCUGAAUUCUGGGGAGAGGCAGAAUGACAUAGCCGUGGAUCAAGCAACCUUCCAGAAGAAACUCUGCCAGAUCUUGAGGAAGCAUCCUUUCUACCCACAUGUUGUGCAGGAGUUUGUCAGUGGCUUGGAGACUCACAUUAAGGACAGAGACCAGUUCAGGAACUGCCUUCUGCCUUGUGCUCCAGUGCGGGGCGAGGUUACGAGAAAUUUGGUUCAUUCAUACUGUGAAAGCCUUAUUAAACUACUACUUGGAAUUGAGACUUUACAGCCUGCUGUUAUAACAUUGUUAUUGGAGAAGCUCCCUGAGUUCUUUUUUGACACUGUGGGCACCUUUGGAACCAAUUUUCCCCGUCUUAUUGUCAAUCAGUUUAAAUGGCUUGACAAAAUACUUGACAGCAAGGAUCUCAUCAUGAAAUUAAUGCAGAUGGUUAGUGUUUCUCCGGUGCCAAUCCAGCAUGACAUUAUCACCAGCUUGCCAGAGAUCCUGGAGGAUUCCCAGCAAAGUGAAUUUGCGAGAGAGGUUAGCCAGCUGUUAAAACGGGACACUCGCCUAACUGUUCCGAUCCUGGAUGCCCUUUCCAAUUUGGAUCUUGACGCAGGACUUUUGGCUGAGGUGCGGCAGUCUGCUAUGAUCAUUGUGCCUGCUGUAAAAUUGGAAGAUUUGCCUGUAGUAAUCAAAUUCAUUCUACAUAACAUCAAAGCUGUGGAUGCAGUAGAGGUGAUUUCUGCCCUUCGCAAGAACUUGGAUCUGUCGUCAUGUAUUUUACCUCUGCAGAUACUGUCUUCCCAGAGCAAGCUCAAAAGCCAGCCACAAACGAGUUCCUCCACAAGCCAAGUGAGCAGCAGCCAGAACUGUGUCAAGCUCCUCUUUGAUGUGAUAAAGUUGGCUGUGAGAUUUCAGAAAGGCAUUUCUGAAGCUUGGAUUAAGGCUAUUGAGAACACUGUUUCUGUGUCUGACCAUAAGGUUCUGGACCUGAUCGUUCUGCUGCUAAUCCAUACUACAAACACCAAGAGCAGGAAGCAAAUUGAGAGAGUGCUGAGGAACAAGAUUCCACUGGGCUGUGUGCCAGAGCAGCUGCUACAGAGCGCCUUCCGAAAUCACUCACUGGUUAUCAAAGACUUCUUCCCAUCAAUCCUGGCACUGGCUCAGACCUUUCUGCACUCUGCUGAUCCAUGUGUCGUCUCCUUUGGCAGCUGCAUGUACAAGCAAGCAUUUUCAGCCUUUGACUCUUACUGUCAGCAGGAAGUUGUGAGUGCAUUGGUGACUCACAUUUGUGGUGGAAAUGAUGUAGAAGUGGACAUUUCUCUGGAUGUGCUCACUGACCUGGUGACUCUGCAUACCUCCUCAUUGAUUCGCUAUGCCACCUUUGUGAAGAACAUUUUAGACUAUACGGAGAAGCUGAAUCCACAGCAAAUCCGGAAACUCUUCUACAUUCUUGGCGAGUUGGCAUUCAGCCAGAGGCAGGAAGACAGCUAUAUUCAGGACGAUAUGCAUAUGGUGAUCAGGAAGUGGUUGUCUAGCACUGUUCCUAAGUAUAAACAAAUGGGGAUUAUUGGUGCUAUUACCGUGGCAGGCAGCAUGGCAGCAAAGAGAAGUAAAGAAGACAGGUGUUCAUUGGAGAGAACACAGCAAAGUGAAGAGCACUGCAGACAGCUCUCCAUCUUGCUCGAUCUGGUGAGCUACUGCUGUGAGCAAAGUCCUGAGGCCUUGGCUCUGUAUUACGAUGAACUUGCCAACUUGAUUGAGAAACAGAAAGGGAAUUUGGAUUCGCAAAUCCUGGAGCGGAUUGGGAAGAGUGUGGUGGAGGACUUUUCCAAUGACUUUGUGGUAGAUCUCACUCCUGUAGUUGAUGGUGUUCACCUGUUCCCAGUGAAGUCCUUGUAUAACCUGGAUGAAGAUGAGAGUCAGGGAACAAUUGUUAUCAACCUAUUGCCACUGCUGUCACAGAACUGGCUUGGCAAGAGUGUUGGUGAAAUGGCAACUAGGAACCAGGGUAAAAAGAUAGUGUCUCCAGAGUGUCUGUGUCCCUCUUUCCGAUUGCUGAGGCUUUACACGACAGAACAACACAAUGGGAGCAUGGAGGAGAUCGAUGCCUUGCUAGGCUGUCCCCUAUACCUGACUGACUUGGAGAUAGAAGGGAAGCUGGGCUCCUUAGCCAAGCAGGAAAGGGAAUUCCUGUGCUCACUCUUGUUCAAUGCCCUCAAUUGGUUCCGUGAGGUCGUGAAUGCCUUCUGUAAGCAACAGGACCUUGAGAUGAAAGGGAAAGUUUUGACUCGAUUACAGAACAUCACCGAGCUACAGAACAUGCUAGGAAAGUGCUUAGCAGCAAGCCCUGGCUAUGUACUUCCCCCAGCUAUUUUUGACUGUGAAGCCCUGGAAGCAGCACCAACUGUCAAUGCUGUUGGUCUAGUUAAAAAGAAGAAAACAGGAGGAAAAAAACAAAAAUCUGAAGGCAGCAAAGACUCCUCUGCAGACCACUCACAAAUGGAGGAGAAUCCUGAGGGAAAUCAGUCCGAAGCUGAGACCACCCAGCUAGAGAAGGACACCACUGAAAAAAAGUCAGGGAUCCCUUUGGUGCAGCUACAGAGUUACCGUGCAUUCUUCCGAGAGCUAGACCUUGAGGUGUUCACCAUCCUGCACUGUGGGCUGCUGACCAAGUCUAUUUUGGACUCGGAGAUGCACACAGAGGCCAGAGAAAUUGUACAGUUAGGGCCAGCAGAGCUUGUGUUCCUUCUGGAUGAUCUUUGCCAAAAGCUGGAGCACAUACUGAUGCCACCCGCUGCAAAGAGAGCCCCUUUCUUAAAGCAGGGGAAAGACUGUAGGAACAUUGGAUUCUCCCAUCUGUGUCAGAGAUCAUCUCAAGAAGUUGCUCAGUGUGCAGUCGAGCUGCUGAAACCACUGUGUAAUCAUAUGGAGAACAUGCACAAUUACUUCCAGGCACUAAUUACAGAAAACGAGGAGGUGGUGGAUGGACCACGAGUGAACAUCCAGGAGCACCAGCUUUUGUCUUCUUGUUAUCAGCAGCUGCUGCAGGUCUUUCGCCUCCUAUUUGCUUGGAGUGGAUUUUCUCAACGUGAAAAUAGUGACUUGCUGAGGUCAGCCCUCAAGGUCCUUGCAGACCGACUAAAGCCAGGAGAGACAGAGUUUCUUCUUCUUGAAGACCUAAUCAGCGAGAGUUUUCACUACUUGCUGAAUUUCCAGCACAGCAUUCCCAAUUUCCAGUGUGCACUUACCCUCAUUCAGCUCCUGAUUGUCAUUGCUGAAAAACCUGUGGCCAGUUGGAAAAAAGAUAAAAUAGCUUCACUUGCUAAGCAGUUCCUCUGCCAGUCGUGGAUGCAGCCUAGUGGCAUGCGAGAGAAGGGUAGCCAGUUCAGUGAUGCACUGCACACUCUGGUCUGUGUAUAUAUGGAGCACACAGACAACAUCUUGAAAGCUGUGGAAGACAUCUCCAGUGUUGGGGUCCCAGAGCUGAUUAAUUCUGCUAAUGAUGGAUAUUCUUCAACUUACCCCACGCUGACCAGGCAGACAUUUCCAGUUUUCUUCCAAGUGAUGAUGGCUCAGCUGGAGAAUUCAGUGAGAAGCAUUCCUGCUGGGAAACCAUCGGACUCAAGUGAGGUACAGCUAGAGAAGCUGCUGCACUGGAACAUGGCGGUGCGGGAUUUCCAUAUCCUUGUUAACUUGGUCAAGGUGUUCGACAGCAGGCCUGUGCUCAGUAUCUGCCUGAAGUAUGGCCGCCUCUUUGUGGAAGCCUUCUUGAAGCUUGCCAUGCCUCUGUUGGAUUACAGCUUUAAAAAGCACAGGGAAGACGUGCAGAGUUUGCUGAAAACUUUGCAGCUGAGCACCAGACAACUUCAUCACAUGUGUGGCCAUUCAAAGAUUCACCAAGACCUAGGAUUGACCAACCACGUGCCUUUAUUGAAAAAGUCCCUGGAGCAAUUUGUAUACCGAGUAAAAGCCAUGUUGGCCUUCAAUCACUGCCAGGAAGCAUUCUGGGUGGGCAUCCUCAAAAACAGGGACCUGCAGGGAGAAGAGAUCCUGUCUCAGGAUUCUGAAGAGAAUGACCCAGGGGAGGGAGUUUCCCAGCUCCCCAGAGAAGAUCCUGCUGAGGAGGAAGGUGACAUUUCAGGGAGCGAGGAUGGAUCCGAGCACAAUGAUGAUGAUGAAGAGAGCUCUGAGUAGACCUUGUAGCCUCCCAGCACUCUGUUAGCUCACCAUAGCAUAGAAGCUUGCUAUUAUCCAAAACAAUCCACACCUGUCACAGCUGAAUAGACUCUGUGGGUUGGAGGCUGUAUGCCUCCAACAUGAUGAGAUGUUAAUACUGUGCAACAGUAAAGAAGGUUCACUUGUAGCCAGAUCUUUAUAGAUGGGAUUUAGUCCCCAUUUAGUGUUGGUUGUGCAGUCUAUAUCUGUUGGGAGUUUUGCACCCAGACAUAUUGAAAAAAAAGUCAGACCUAGAACGAUUUUUAUUUGUUCUUGCCUCCAGAUCCUCCCUAACAAACUCUUUUCCAUAUGAAUUCCUUUCCUUCUGUGCUGCUCUAGGGAGUGGAUUUCAAGGGGAAACUCUGUGGCUUUCUGUCUAGAAACAUAUUGAGAGUUUGGAUUAGUUGCCCAAGUGAGAGAAGUGAUAUUUGCAGAAAUAAUCUGCCCUGUUCUUGAACAGUAGCUAUGAAAUAUUUUCACAGAACCCAUCUUCCCUCAACAGUCCAGCCGUUGGAGCCCUCGUGAGAAUGACCUUUGUGCAUUGGCCCUUUAUUGGGACAGAAGAAUCAGUGGGAGAGCAAUCCAAAUUCCCUCAUUAGUGGCAACAUAAAGUGCUCAUUAAUGUUGAGGGAAAGGCUUGUUAUAGUUGUAAAUUACAAAAAACACCCUAAUUCCAAAUGCCUUGUUUACUAACUCAUUGAAUAAACUGUAAUUCCUGCCCUGAGCACAUGAAA